AUGGCUGCAGCGGAUCAGCCUUCGGGCUUGAUGGAUAUUGCGAGUUCUCUCACGCAGGAUGAAAUUCCAUUCAAGCUGCGAUGCGCUAUCUGCAACAAACUGGCUCUGAACGCGUUCCGGCUGCCUUGCUGCGAUCAGGCUAUCUGCGAGAACUGCCAAGCGUCACUACCAGAGACUUGUCCUGUCUGCGCACAUACGCCUCUCUCCUCCGAUUUAUGCAAACCAAAUAAAGCUCUCAGGACGACUUUAAAGGCUUUCCUUCGUACCGAGGAAAAGAAGCGUGAGAAAGAGCGCCAGUCGGCAACUCCUGCGACUACCAAUGAUGCGACCCCUGUGCAGGGAAUUUCGGCCCACCAAGAAACUCCCGCAGUUUCCGAAAUCCCGGAAAUUAAGCAGGAAGAAGUUUUACCAGAUGUGGUACCUUCUGUCGAAGCUCCAUCAGAAGAGCUUCCGGCUAGUGGAAACCCACCGGAGGCUAUCACCGAGCAAACUGAUGGGAAUCAUGAAGCUCCCCUGGAAUCCCAACCCCCGGCCGAGGACGAACAGACCGAAGCUGUCCCCACGGAUGGAACGGAAAACCCGGAUGUGACGCAGCAGAACGGUUCCGGAGAAGGAGAAGAUGUAGACGAUGCCAAAUUGGCUCAGGAAUCCGAACAGGAUAUGGCCCAGGGCCCGGGAUCGGGGCAAAUGUUUCCCAAUGGGAUGCCAUUCGGCAUGGCUCCGGGGAUGUUCCCCAUGGGUUGGAACAACAAUAACGGGGACUUCAAUCCGAUGUCUCAGUUCAUGGGCAACGGAAUGUUCAAUCCUAUGGGAAUGGCCGGCAUGAUGGACCCGAUGGUCGCGAGUCAGGGUAUGUUUGGAGGUUACGGGAUGAACAUGAAUGGCAUGAAUACGGGGAUGAAUUUCGACGCGGGUCAAGGGAUGUAUGGGGGAUGGGACGGCUCACAAAACAAUAUGUGGAAUGGAGGCCAAGAUAAAUUCAAUCCAAAUGCUUUCGCAAAUGGUAUGGGUCCACAGUAUGGGGCCCCCUCUGGAUUUGGCGGAUAUAAUAUGUCUCAACCCAACGGAGUUCAUCCUCAAAUGCAGCAACAACAAUUCCCUAACCAAGAUUUCCAAACCGGCUAUUAUGGUCCCGGGUAUGGCCGGGGCAAUUUCCGGGGCCGUGGUCGCGGAUUUUACCCUGGUGGUCGUGGCCGCGGCGGCUUCACGGGGCCUAUGCAAGCUAAUUACCCUCCUAAUGCUAACUACCCAGCGUUUAAUUCCCCUAACUUCAAUCAAGACAUGUCAUCCCAGUCGCAGGAAGGCGUAUCUGCAGAGACCCCGUCAGGAGAACCCAACGCCGCGGAAGCGACAAAUGCUAAUGACGAGAAUACUUUAAGCGGUGAUUUGGAUGGCACUAAAGACCCAUCUUUGAAUGAGAAUGCUGCUGACGUGGGCGACAAUGGUGAAGCCAGUUCUGCAAAUGGCCCCACCAUGGACGAGACAACUGGUCCCGAGGACUCGGAGCUGCGUGGUAUACCAACUAUUGAUAGUCUUGACCAGGCCAAUGCCGCCCAAGGAAUGCAUAAUGGACCCAUGAUGCCGAUGGGGCCAGGCUUUGGCCGAGGCUAUAUGCGUGGUCCAUUUCCCGGAGGCCGUGGAGGGCCUUUUACUGGGCCACCCUUCAUGCCCGGAUCCGGCAUGCCUGCACCGAGAGGGCCUGGUGUCGAAGGCGCACCAGCUGCUCCCCGGGCAAUGCGGGAAGGUCUUCCAAAUACUAGUAUUCUCCGGCAGCGGAAUUUCCAAGGAGCAGGACGAGGCCCGGUCUCAUCGGUGAGACCUUCGGACGCUUCCCAGAGCACAACCCCAGCACCUCUGGAAGACCACCACCCACGGUCGACUUCGAGGUCGAAGUCGCGAGCUCGGUCGGCAUCGAGAUCGAAAAGCCGGUCUCGUUCCCGUGCGCGGUCCCAAUCCACCAGUCGUCGUCAUAAUCGCCCACGCUCCGCAAGUAUCGAAAACGGCGCAGAAGACUCCGAGCGCAGACGUGAGCGGCCAAGAAGGCCUCGUCGUGAAGACAAAUACGACGAACAGUCUCAAGUGGAAGAUGACCACCGCACCCGUUCACCUUCUGUUGAUUCCCGCCGGUCCUUACAUCGGCGGGAUAGAGAGAGAGACAGGAGAAGCGGCCGUCGAUCGCAUCGCUCACACCGCCACCGCAGCCAGAGUCCCAGUCGCAAUGGGGACUCUCGCGAUGCCGAUCGUGUCUCAUUAAUUACGGAAGAAAAAGAACCCGGCUCUCGAAACAGGACACCCAUCGUGAGCGAGCCUCAGGAGAGCUCCAGCCGGACCUACCGAUCCGGUAAAGACCGAUCCAGUCGUCGAGAUGAGGAACGGGAGAGAGAUCGAGACUCUCGACGUCGGGACCGUGAAAGAGAUCGCGAUCGUUACCGGGAAAGGGAACGAGACAGGGAAAGAGAUAGAGACAGAGCCCGCGAUCGCCAUCGUGACCGUGACCGUGACAGGAAACGGCCUCGUCGCGACCGAACUGAAUCUCCUGUUGACAGUGACUACUCAUCGCGACACCAUUCUCGUCGUAUAAAACGAAGCCGUGAAGACGAGAUCCGUGAUAAAGAUCGCACAAGAGACAAACCCUCUUCAUCAUCAGCCAAGACCUCUGAACCGGAGAAAGACCCUCAUACAUUAGAGCGUGAAGCUCGCAACCGUGAACGUUUGUUGAAGGAGCAGCAACGGCGCGAAGCCAUGCAUGCAGACCGCGAUGCUGGUAAACCCAGCCGUCGGCGCGACAGUCGUCAGGAGCGGCCGGCAGCUGGCGGUCGACGCCUCACUUACAAGUAUGAAGACGACGAGAGCGAUGCCGCUCGCGCGGCACGAGUAGAAAAAGAACGAGAAGCCAGCCGGUGGGCAUAA